CUCCCUUUUCCUUACCCUUCCGCUUGUUGGGAUCCGUCGUUGUUUGCAGGGGUGCUGGAGGAACCUGAUAGGAGCUGGACUGGGGGAUGCCUAGAAAGGGGGAAGCCCAGUCUAGAGCAUUGUAAUUCAUGUCCACAGUUUCCAGUAGGAACAAGAUCACUGAGGGAUCAUUCAAUAUGAAGACAGAAGGGCAGAGCACUGCAGUUAUCUUCCAGCCAGGGAGUAUGGGGGAAUUCCUUCAGAGGAGAGUGGGAGAUCUGAUUCCUCAGCAGGCAAGAGGUGGUUCCUUUUCUCUUGCCCAGUGGGAAAACCAGUGGCAGGAGUUCCUCAGGACAUUGGAGCCUUCUCAGUCUCGAUGGGGGAUCCCUCCCUUGCCAGAGAAACCAUCACCAUGGCACAAUGCCAAGGCCUUUCUGGCCUCCUUUGAGCAAGUGGCCGAAGUCUGUCAGUGGUCUGAGGAAGAGCGAGUGAACCACCUGCUGCCAGCCCUCAGAGGAGAAGCCGAGAAGGCCUAUAUCAGCCUGGAUAUCGGAGACAGAGAGGAUUAUGGGAAGGUGAAGGCAGCCAUUCUGCGAAGGGAUGCCAUGAGCAGAGAGAAGCAGCGUGAAGAGUUCAGGUGUUUCUGCUACCAGGAGGCCGAGGGCCCGAGGGGGGCUUACGUCCGACUCUGGGAAAUGUGCCAUGGGUGGCUGAGAGUGGAGAAUCACAGCAAGGAGCAGAUCCUGGAGCUCUUGGUCCUGGAACAGCUGCUGAGCAUCCUCCCUCUGGAGAUCCAGAGUCAAGUGAGGGAAAGCGGCCCUGAGAGCUGCGCUCAGGCAGUGGUCCUGGCUGAGGAGUGCCUCUCAAGGCAGCGAGUGGCCGAGAAGCAGGUGCCCUUGGAGGAAGCAGCUGGGAGUGUUUUUGAGGGGCGCCAGAAUCCCUCUGAAGGGGAGUGGAGGCAACUGUUGGUGGACAUCAAGGAAGAGGAGGACUCAGAGGACAGCCUGCUGGUCUGUGAGAUGUCUGAGAAUGAAAAGGAUGGAGGAUUCCAGGCAUUAUUGUCAGAACAAUGCAGGACUGAAACCAUGAAAGGAAGCUUCAGGAAUGGUGGUGGACCAGCAAGACAGGAAGGAAACAGCAUCCAAGAGGGAAGGGAUAAAUCCAUUCUUUGCCAAGGAGGAGAAUUCCAAGAAAUCCCUCUUCAGCAGGAAAGGCCAUCCCAAAAGAGAAGAAACAAAGACCUCCCUGCUCACCUGAGAAUCCACCCAGGGGAAAAUCAGAAUGAAAGUGCAGAGCUUCAAAAGAGCUUCAGUCAGAGCGUGAACCUAAUUUCACAUCAACAGACUCACUUGGUAGAGAAACCGUAUAAUUUUCCAGAGUGCGGAGAGAGUUUUGGUUGGAGAGCGACCCCUACUGCACAUCAAAGAACCGAUGAAGGAGAAGAACCAGAUGAGCUUCCAGAGUAUGAAAAUGGUUACAGUUGGGGAUCCCAUGUGGGAGGGGAACCAGAUGAGGGCUCUGAGAUUGGAAACUCCAGUGGAUGCCUCAGCUUUGCUGUGCCUCAAAGGAUACACCCAGCAGAGAGACGGUACAAAUGCCCAGAGUGCGGACAGAGGUUUAGGCGGGCAGCACAUGUUCAGCAGCAUCGGAUAAUCCACACGGGGGAGAAACCGUAUGAGUGCUCUGAGUGUGGAAAGAAGUUUACUCGGUUGCCAUACCUGCAACAGCAUCAAAGAAUCCACACUGGGGAGAGACCGUACGAGUGCUCUGACUGCGGGAAGAGCUUCAGUCGCCGCCGAAGCCUCACUGUGCACCAGAGAAUCCACACAGGGCAGAGGCCUUUUGAGUGCCCUGAGUGUGGAAAGAGAUUUGGUUUCAGUUCCCACCUUCAACAGCAUUUGAGAAUUCACACCGGGGAGACUCCAUACCAGUGCUCAGAAUGUGGGAAGGCCUUCCGCCAUCGCAUAAGCCUUACCGUACAUCAAAGAGCACAUAAAGGAGAGAGGCCUUUUAAAUGUUCAGAGUGCGGAAAGAGGUUCAGUCGGACAUCCUACCUGCAGAAGCAUAGAAGAAUCCACAAUGGGGAGAAACCUUACGAGUGUUUGGAGUGUGGAAAGAGAUUCGGUAUCAGGUCCUACCUUCAGCGGCAUCGAAGGAUCCACACAAGGGAGAGACCAUAUCAAUGUCUGGAGUGUGGGAAGAGUUUUAUUCAGCCGUCACACCUUCAUGAACAUGAAACGACCCACAUGCCCCAAACCACAUAGUAGUUCAUUUCAUAAUGAGAGAAUUUCUGCUACAUCAAUCCUACGGAUGAUUGGACAGGUCUUCCCUGGGGCAUAUAAUUAUAUUAAACAGAAAACGUAGGGAAGGAAACUUAGUUUUGAUCCAUCUUUGCAUUCCUACACCAUUGGAUGAGGUGCUGCUUUGAUUGCUCAGUGCUGAGGGAUUGGAAAUUAGUUUCUUGAAGAAAGGCCUUUUUAGUGUCUGUGUGCAUAACUCUGUUUAUAUAAACUUAAAAUGCUUUUGACCGUUAGGAAGCUGGUAAAAAAUGUCUCUUUUUCAAAAUGUCUCUUUUUCAAAACUUGUGAGGGAAUGGGUUCGAUGAUGGCAUGAGAUAUUUCCAUGAUCUCUGUUACUCGCAUAAGAUAGUGUGAGCAGCUGAAGGAUCAAAAUGGCUGCCAAGAGCAAAGAAGAUAUUGGAUUUAUAUCCCGCCCUAUACUCUGAAUUGACAGUGAAAUGCUCAUUUCUCCGACAGUCAUUGGCUGAAUCACAAGGGGACCUGCCAUUCAAUAACAAUUAAACCAGGAGUGUGCUUCUUUGCCGGUUUGAGGACCUGAGAAAUAAGGCAGGGUGUGGUACAUGUUGUUAAUGGUGCUGGUUUUUCCAAAUCUCUUCAAAUGUAUAAUCUCUCUCUGUGGUAGGCAUAACUCAUUAGAAAAUAAAGAUAGGUGUUU